GCCAUAGCCUGCAAAGGGGGAGAAGCCGCGCGGAGGAAGUGAACGCGACCGCUCGCGACUCGUUUUACUUCUUCAACUAAUUUAAGUUAUUCUUGCUUGGCAUGCAUCCGUAACGCGGUCUCUCUCUCUAUCGCCGAGCUAUGGAGGAGGAGAAGCGACGCAGGAAGGUUGAAGCGGGAAAGGCGAAGCUUGCUGAGUUCCGACAGCGAAAAGCAAAAGGUGACGUCGCGAAUCCGGAGAAAGAGAAGAAGAAGGGGAAGAGGACGCCUCUCCAUCAACAUGGCCUGUCGACGGAAGAGCACGCAUUGACCGCCGGCGAGAUGGAGGUUGGUGUGGAGACGAUAGUGGAGGCUGGCUUAGGUGAACAAAUCCCCUCUGUGGAUGAUGCUCCUGGAGGCCUGGGCUCUGUUGAGCCUGAGACCACGGAGGACAGGUCCUCGGAGGUCCCAUCUCUGCCCACGGACAGGGACACAGAUGGGCUGAUGGCCCUUGAAAUCACCCAGUUUGAAGCCGCAAUCCAGCAGAGGGACGAGAUCAUCACGCAGCUGAGUGCCAACCUGCAGCAGGCGCUCAGCAGCCGGGAUGGGGUGCAGCAGGAGACGCAGCACCUUACUACCCACAUCCAGAGUCUUCAGCAGCAGCUGCAGCAGGCCAGUGAGAUGCUGAGGAGCACGCGGCAGUGGACACAGACCCAGGAACUGGUGCAGGCACAGCAGCAGUUGUCCACGUGCCAGAACCUGCUGUGCGAGAAGACUUCCGAGCUGAAUCGCCUGCGCUCCCGGCUCGAGCUGGCGCAUGCAACUCGGCAGCCGGGAGCCGAAGGAAGUCUGGGAACUCGGCCGGAUGGGCUGGCCCAGGAGGGGGCCGCAGAUCACGAGGAGCACACUCUCAUCCUUCAGAAGGAAUUACAAGAAUCCAAAACCAUCGCCAGCCAGCUUGAGGCCACGAUCUCUCAAAAGGAGGCCAUCAUCCUGACGCUUCAACAGACUUUACCCAGCAAGGACAAGGCCCCUACAAGCACGUCCACCAGUCCCACUGGGACAGAAAGAGCUGCUUUUUGCGAGCUGACAGAGAAGGUAGGAGAAGCGGAACGCACCGUGACCGAGUUGCAACGAGAAGUUUCAUCCAAGGACUUGGCCUUGGAGGAUCUAAGGAUGCGACUGUCGGCUUCCGCAGAGAAAGAGCAGCAGCUUUCCAGAGAGAACGUCAAGCUUUUCAACGAUCUUGAUAAUUUGGCCAAGAAGCAAGGACACCUCGAUGGAAACCUCACAGAAGUGGCAGAAUCAAACUGGGAAAGAAGAGAGGGAGAACUUAGGACGGCGCUCGGUGAAGAGCGCGAUCAGCAGGUCGCCGCCCUUCGUUCGGAAAUGCAGCGAGAGGUCGAGAGGCUUCAGGCAGUCAUCGAAGACCUCACGGAGAGCAACAGGAGAUCGCACGAGAGUUUACUGCUGCUGGAGGAAUCCAACGGCCAACUCAACACAUCGCUGAGAGAUUCGCAAGCGCAGCUCGCGAGUGGGCAGGAGCAGCUGUCGUCAGUGUUGAGCGAGAGCACAGAGAUGGAUGCCAGGUAUGGGCGGGAGCUGGAGAACUUUCGCGUCAAACUUGAGAUGUUGGAGAACGAGCGGACAGAGGCUCGGGCUCGCGUAGCCGAACUGGAGGAGCUCAAUGCAGAGCUGUCUUUCGGCCGGGAGGAAGCUCAGAGGGCACUCGAGCAAAUCCGCGAGCAGCAGGAAAAGGACACGGAAGGCUUGCGGGUAGCUCUGGGACUGGAGUAUAAAGGGAGCAUUGACAAACUGACGGCCGACAUUGAGAACCUCACCGUGGCCUUGUCGCAGAGUGCGGAGGAGUUGCGAAGCACGAAGGAAACGUUACAGCGGCAGUAUAUUGAAGAGAUGAAGGGUCUCAAAGAGUCGCUGAGGCAGGAACACAAAGAAAAUGUCAACAAGCUUCUUGCGGACAACGAGAAGCUGACCGCGGAGCUGUCCCUCGGUAAAGAGGUGGUGAAGAGCGAGCUGGGCAAUGUGCCCACAGACGAGAAUGACCCUCUGGGCAUUCGGGACAAGUGCAACAGAGAAGUAGAGAAUGAGAAAGAUGCUGACGUCCAGGAGUACAAAGAAAACCUAGAGAAGCUUGAGGCAGAGCUAGAAAAGCUUAGAGGAGACUUGGUGCACAAUACACGGGAGGCACAAAGCGCUCUUGAGGAACAACGGCAGCAGCACAUCGCCGAGGUGGAGAGCUUGAAAGACACUCUCGGGCAGCAACACAAAGGAAGCCUGGACAAGCUGCUUGCGGACAUUCAGAAUCUCACCGUGAUGUUAUCUCAGCAUGAGCAGGAGGCACAGAGCACUCUAGAAAAACAGCAGCAGCAGCACCUCAUUGACAAAGAGGCUCAGAAAGCCACCCUAGAUCAAGAGCACAAGGGAAAUAUCGACAAAUUGUUGGGGGACCUGAAGAGGCUCAAAGAGGAGCUGCUGAACAAUAAGGAAGAGGCACAGUGCUCGCUCGAGAAGAUGAAGCAGCAGCACAGCAUUGAGAUGGAAGGUCUCAAAGAAACUCUAAGGCAGGAAAAUCGGGUCACCAUGGACAAAUUGCAGGCAGAGGUGGAGAAGCUCAACAAUGAACGGUCUCAGAGUCGACAGGAAGCGGACAGCAGAUACGAACAGAUGCAGCAGGACUACAGCAGGCAGGUGGAGCAGCUCAAAGAGCAGCGCAUGGGGGUGCAGGACGAUGCAUGCAGACUGGAGCAGCUACUUCAGCAUCACCGUGAAGAGGUGGAGGCACUCAAGGAAGCCUUGCGUCUGGAGCACAAGGGGGCCGUGGACAAGCUGCUCAACGACACAGAGACACUGAACGCGGAGUUGUCGCUGAGUCGGCAGGGGGCGCGGGAGGCGCAAGAGCAGCUUCAGCAGCAGCAAAGUCUACACACGGAGGAAGUGCAGAGCAUUUGUGAGCAGCACAUCAAAGAGCUGGAGACUCUGAAGGAGACCACAGGCCAGGAGCACGCAAUAAAGGUGGACAAGUUGACGGCUGACAUUGAGAAACUCGGCGCAGAGCUUUCUCUGCGUAGAGAGGAAGAGCAGCAUGCAACGGUUGAGCUCCAGGAGCAGCAUGCGAGAGAGCUGGAGCGGCUGAAGGAGUCGCUCGCUCAGGAGCACAAACUAAACACCGACAAGCUGCUGGCUGAGCUGGAGAAGAUCCAUGGGCUCACUCUGAAGGACUCGCAGGAGAAGCAGAAGGACAUAGACGACCUAGCCAAGCAGCUGGAGGAGAAGCACAGGUUAAGCUUGGAGUUGGCGUUGAAAGGUGCAGAGAAUCAAAGUAAGGUAGCUAAUGAGGAAUCCAAGGCAGAGUUGGAGAGCAAGCAUGCGGAGGAGUUGGCAGCGCUCAAAGAAGACUUCAGAGAAAAAGUGGAAAAACUGAUUCAAGAAAAUAAAUCCUUUGAACUGGAGCAACUUGAGACUGAAGAGGGCAUCAGUGGAAUUCUCCGUGAACUGGAGUACUGCGCAACCUUCCAAGAAACACUGGAAAUAUCUGGCAGCACAUGUGACAAUGUGGAAGCCUCUGGACCCGCACUUGUCCCGUCAAACCCAAGUGGCAAGGCUGUCGCAAACCCGCAAGAGUCGCCCCCUAAACCCGACGAUGACACGGCCUCCCAAAAGCAGGGUCGGCAACUGAAGCAGCUGCUCUGUGCUUUGAGCCGGCAGUGCAUUGCUAUGAAAGGGCGAGUGCAGGCGCACGUGCUCGAGAAGAAUCUACGUGAACCGGCGGCACAGUACCAAUGUGAAUCGGAGCCAGCCCCGGAUGCUUCACCCCACAGUGUAGUUGAUGGAGGAGGCACCGCGGGUGCAAAAUCGAGCGGCGGAGGUGAUCAGACGCAAGGUCAAAGUGCAACAACCAUAAGCACAGCUGUUCCUUCCGCGGACGAAUUCAACGCGUUGCUGCAAGAAAAGGCGGCUUUAGAAGAGAGGGUGGGCGAUCUGCGUAAGACGUGUGACCUUCAGCAGGAAGAGAUGGCGUCUCUUAAAGCUCAAGCGGCAAGUGACGACGAGGUGGCGGAGGAGGAGAAGGAGGUGGUGGUGCGUAAGGGGCGCGGAGGGGUGGCGCACUUGAACGUUGGAUCUCAGGGGGACGUCCAGACGAGACUCGUGGAGGAGCUGGACCUGCCCGGGGCCACUGGACCCUCGCCACAAGCUGCUCUGUCUCACGUGCCACAGCAGCCUUACUUGCUACACAAACUGCAGAAGGGAAAAGAUGAGUGCAGAUUUGAUUUAAAAUCUGUGGAUCCGAGUCCAGCUGAAAUGGCCCAUGGCCUCUCAAACCUCUACAGUCAAGAGACAAAACUGACCACACAGUUUCCAACCUCACUGACUGUCACCGUGGAGUCUCGCACCCCAAAUGAGAGUGAAAAUCCCUUGGAAACAGCUGGUUUCACUGCUGGAGAUAACACAGUUCUACUGGUUGGAAGUUCACAAUUGAGAGGAUAUUGUGAGCAAUAUCCAGAUGAAGGGUCUUCUUCAUACCCAGCCAUCUCAAGUUCUCACCAGUUUGCCGAUGUGUGCGCAUCUCCCAAUGGGCCUUCUGCGCGGGACAUUCAAGCACUUUUUAAUUCUGUUGAUGGUCCAUCACAGCAGCAACAGGAGGAUAAUCCAUCUGGUUUUGAUGUCUCGUUGAAUCACGCUGCUCCGGUUGAUCGACCUGUGGUCAUCUCCAAGUACAAUGUGGUGCCCGGAUGUGAUCCUGAGUCCGAAUCGACCGUCGACCCCUUACGAUCACCUGACAUGGAGUCCUUAGACCGACCUCUCGUCCUCACUCACCCGUCUCGCUCCGAGCCUGACGGAGAUUCAUUAGCUCGUGAUUUUGACCACUGGCGUCCAGAGGAGUUUGCGGAAGGAUUCUCAGAGAUGAUGGUUACUAUUCCUCUGCCGGUGGGACCGCUGGUGCCAUGCGCUGGCGAUUCCGGCAUUGACGUGCACACGUGGUUGUACCGCUGUCGUGGAUCUCGAGGGAGCGGUGGAAGCGGUCGCCACCGACUCACGGCUCAAAUAUCCCUCCCGUCGCCACCCUUCGCGGUGGAGCAGGCGAGCGGCGUGCAGGUGAGCCUGCUGAAAGGGUGGGCCAGCGGCAGCCCUCCCCACCACGGCAUUGAUGACAAGGCCACGACAGCGCCUCCGCCCGCAGAGCAGGAAGCUUGCGAGGAUGGUGUUCAACAGCAACAGCAGCAACAGCAUCAUGGACAAACAGACUCAGAGUCUGAGCAGAAGAGCAAGACACAGCUGGAGAAGCAGGAGGCUGAGCUACAGGAGCAGGCCGGCAGGGUGAUGGUGCAAGUGCAGGUGCAGCAAAAGGGGCAGAAGCAGCAGCAGCAGAGGAAACAUCACCGCAAGCAGCAAAAGAAGCAUCCCGGCAUGGUGCUGGUGCAGCAUAUGAGCGUGGUGCCAGAGGAGGGGCAAGAAGACCAGUUUACCAGUUUGACUAACGACCAUUUAAAGGUCGUCCAGGAAGAUGUGGACCGUCGCGGUGAUGGCACAGAACUGCCUCCAUCCGGAAUUCUCUCCGAGCUUCGGAAGAUUUUGAACGAUGGGGGAGACCACACGUCGGACUGUGCGUGGAGCCGCAGCCUGGGUGAAGUCCUGCGAAGAGCCUUGCAAGAAAUCAAUUCCAGUGCAACCUCCGGGGAAGCUGGGACUAACAGAGCGGCAAAUCUGGACUAUCGUGCGCUCGGACCUCAGAAACCGGUAGCAGCAGAAGGGUGCAGCAAUGCAGCCCAGAGUUGGAAGGGGCAGAUUACAGAGCUCCUCAGGUUGUUGUCGAUGUUGGAAAGCCGCACAAUUCAGAAGUGCGGUGAACAGGAGAACCCUGACGCCAAGUUGUUUAGGUCCCUGGAAGCCGAGCUCCACUCGUUGCAGGUUUUGCUCGACAUAAAGCACACCGAGGUGGAGCUGCUGCAACAGCAGGUUCAAGCUUGGGGCGACCAGCAACACUCGGCCGAGGUGAAGCAAAAAAUGAAAAAAUCCACGUUCACGCACUUCCAGGUGUCUCUCGAAGACCUAAAUGCCUCGGUUAGGGGCGAAGGUGGAAAUGGCGCUCUCCUCAACGGUGAUUCCUUCGCCCUUCAGAAGCAGGUGUUGCAAAAGCAAGACGAGAUAGUGUCCUUGCAGGAAAAAAUCCAGGAGUUACAACCCUUGGGACGUCAAGUGAAGGAGAUGGAAACAAUCUUCCACGGCCUGAAACGCCAGCUCGUGCAAAAAGAGUCUGCGAUCGUGUCACUACAGUCGUUGGUCUGCGAGCUCAGGCUCGGGAGACGGGGACUUGAAGGAGGCUGCAGGGAGGAACCCGAACACGGCGCGCAAGACCCGUCUGACGUCGCGCACAUGACUCUCGCCGCCGGUAAGGAUCCAGAGCUCCAGUGUCUUCAGUCGUGCAUUUCUGAGGUGGACCACCUGAAGGAGCGACUUAACUCCAUGUCACGUGGUGCCGAGACCCUGCGGUCGCAGCUGAGCCAGAAGGAGGUGGAGGCUGAGAAAUUUGAGCUGUGCGUCACAGAGCUCGAGACGCUCAAACAGCAGCUGGAUUAUGUGGCGAGGGACUGCGAUGGACUGAAAGAUCGGCUUGCUGUGAAGAACGUUGAGAUGCAGACGAUGCUGAUUCCACCCGUUCAAGAGGCAGCCGAGGGUCAGCCUGGCGAGGCCAUACGAAGCUACCAAUCCCUUUGUGCACAACUUGAGUGGCAGAACACAGAAAUCCGCUCUCUGCGCGCUCACAUCGUUGAGCUGGAGGUGCUGAGGCACCAGUUCCAUUCGCUCAGGGAAGACUACACGAGUCUCAAGUGGCAGCUCUCGCAGAAGGACGACGAGAUCGACACGAUGGAGUUCCGCAUCCAGGAGCUGCAGUCGGUGUACAGCGGAUUCAUGGACGAGAGCCACGAGCAAGUGGACAGCCUGGGCAGCGGCAAAACAUCGCCCGCUUUGCCCCAACAAACAAGCGCGGCCGCUGACCGGGAACGCGCUCAGAAUUUCGACACCACCACGACAGCUGCCACCGGUGCGUCAAACCCAGAGUCGGAGUGUCGAGGAGCAGAUGCCGCCCACUCUGCGAUGUGGUCACAGACUGACGCCGCCGCCACCGCCGAGGCCGAGGCCUCGUGCCCGAAUGCCGCCGCCACCGCAGCGGCAUUCGGCGAAGACGGCAAAGGCGAGCAGCGUCGGGAGCACGGAGGCCGCACCGCCGUCCAGUGCGGCGCCCAGGCGGACAAAGACGAUGCGAAGCGAUGGGACAUGCCCAGCAGCCAAGCAGCACUGCAGGUUGCAGUGGAUGCCCAGAGGGCUUCCCUGGAGGAGGUGCACGCACUCCGGCUGGCCCUGGCGAUGAAGGAAGAGGAGCUGGAGGCCUUGAGAGUUUGCAUGUCCACACCGCAAGGAGCAGUGGAGCUGGCGGGAGAGAGCGGAUCGCACAGCGAGGAGGAUGCAGCUGAACCUUCACAUGCGGACUCCGACGGAAGGCAACAAACGCAGUUAUCCAAGGUCGCUAAGGACAAAGCCGCUGCGACAAUGUCCAAAAAUCUGCCAUCUCAGCAGUUGCUUUUGGCUGCUCUUGAGGGACCGAUGCCCGAGCCUGACACAGACACCACAGGUGAUACUGUGUGCACAAAGGCUGCCCUAAGUGUUGCAGAUUCUGAACAUCCCAUCCAAGGCCAGCAUCUGCACUUGGAAUCUGUACCCCCGCAAAAGGAUCUGGCAAGAGGCUGGCAGAAAUCUGGACCUUGUCGUGGCAGCUCCCCUUCCCAGGGAACUAUCCCUGGGGAGACGAGGAAGCUUUCCAGAAAAGAGACAAUGAACAAACAAAAGCCCGCAGGCAGGUCCGCGAACGUUAAGAAGGAGCCCGCCUCCCAGACGAAGCCUUCGAGCAGGGCGGCACGAGCCACGCCACCAAUGGCACUGCCAUGCGGAACAUGCACGCAGCUUGAAGCGGAGAGGGACGACCUCGUGGAGGUUCUGAGAAUGGAGAGAGAGGCCUGUCAGCACCUUCGGCAGCGGCUGCAGGUUCUGCAGCAGGAGCGGUCGCGCCCGGCUAUCGGCGGCGACGCGGACGUGGCUGGGAGUGUCCCCUCGCGAGGCGACCGCUCUACGGGCCGAGGAGAUUUGGACGUUGAGCAGAGGACGGGGUCCCCCUGCGAGCUGGUGGAAGGAGCCACGCCAGGUGGCACGGACUGUGGAGAUCAAUCGGAGCACGUGGAGACUCGGCGGGAAGAGCCAGAUGGGCCGAGCCUGCCUGUGAUUGAAGGUUCUGCUUCUGGAGUUGGGACAGAGAUGCAAGCCAGCACUUGUGUCAAGGCUGCAGAAAAACUUUCCCUCCUGAGUGGCUCCCGGACAGAGGAGGGGACGGCUGACACGGAGAUGUCCAAUGGGAACAGGGACAUAGCCGGGCCUAGCGAGGGCUCUGGCUUGGUCGCAUGUGACGGUAGCAGCAGCAGUCGCACAGCUGGCCUCUCCUCCAACAGCACCGAUCUCUCGAGACGCCACGGUCUGCUGCAGUGUGCAUGCAGACGACUGCAGCUGGUGUCAACGACCACAAGAGAUCUGCUGGCCCAGAUCAGCAUCAGGGUUAUCUCUGUGGUUGACUUGACUCGGGAUGAGGAGCUGGCGCAGCUCUUGCGACGUUUGAAGGAGCUCGACGCUGAGAUCGCCCACUCGGAGGCCGAUCUGACAUGGGAUUCGCGACUGGCGAGCGGGGACCCGUUGGGCCGCGUGGCGCGGCAGCUGAGCGAGCUGUACGGCCGCAUGACGGUGCUCUCCGAGGAGAAGGAGGCGCUGAACGCCGUCGUGCUGGACCUGACCCGCUUGCUGCAGCAGCGCGAGCAGACGCCGCCCCCGCGGUUGACGGGCGGUCCCGAGCCGGCGCCCACCUGGAGGAGUGACCGCCAGCUGGUGCCGCCGCCACGCAGGGCCAGCCGCGGCAGCCCGGCCUCAGAGCGAGCGAUGCUCUGCGUGCCCAUCGGAAAGUUCCAGUCGCUGCACCGGCGGUUCACGAGAGCCGAGAGCCAGCGCCGCGCCCUGCUUCACCAGAAGCGCUACCUGCUGCUCGUGCUCGGCUCCUUCGCCGGCACGGAGCAGCCGGCGCUCGCUCUGCUGGCUCGCCCUCGCGUGGAGCUGCUGCUCAUCGCGCGGGAAACGGCCGCCAACGCAGCCACGCGACGGCGCUUCCGCGUCGUGGCCCGGGCUGUCGCCGCCACCUGCAGAUUGAGGAUGCUUCUGCAGAAGCAGCAGCAGCAGCAGCGACAAAGAGGCUGUACAGCACAUGGCUGGAAGGUUGACAUGCCCGUGACGACGUUCAGUACACCGGGCCGACACUACCUGUGGUCAUAGUCUGGAUGAAGUAGAACGUGAACACUUUUGGAACUGCUCACCGUGGUCCUCCCACAGUGCUCCUUGCGCUGACGAGCACAGGAACCCCGACUCCUUCCUGCACGACUUCAUCAACAAGCUGGAGUCCAUCCAGCUGCGCCUGGGGCCCUACUACACAGAGACGUCGUCCUUUUCACGUCUGGCCAAGAAGCCCUGAGCUGCACAUCUCCUUUGUCUUCGGGAGAGAGCGCCUCCAACUCAACUUCCAAUGAACUCUGCUUAACUAAAUAAUACAUUGUUUUAGCUCUCAAUGCCCCAUGUGUCUCGAAAGACCUUGACACCACGGUCAGAAAAUACAUAUUUUAUGAAGAAAUAUAACUUAGUUGUUAUUUGUCUUUGUGUCUGUUUAAUUUAGUUGGAAUGUCACUUGCUGGUCUUUACAAGGUAAUGAUGUUGUUUCAGUGCAAGGUAGUACACUACAAGAAUGAUUAAAUUCAAGAAGAGAUCCCCAGUGCAAGGUAGUGCACUACAAGAAUUAUUAAGUACAAGAAAAGAUCCCCAGUGUUAAGGUAGUGCACUACAAGAAUGAUUAAGUUCAAGAAGAGAUCCCAUCACUGGUGAUAACUCUACCUCUAGCAAUGAACUUUAAUUUAAACCCUCGCACAAGGUGCAACUCUAGUCCUAGCUUAAACCCUAUGACAAACCCUAGUCCAAUAUCGAGCCUUAUAUAUCCAGCCCUUUCUAUUAGCUGAAAUGGGAACAAUUAAUGUGGUCGUGUUUUUUUAACGUAAAAAGGUGGCACGUUAUGUUUUUUCUCUCUGAUGUAUUUAUGUUCAAAGUAUGAGUGAUAGACUUAGUUGAUCAAAUGUAGAAAUACACUUUUUAGAUCUUGUUUUGUAACAGCCUAUUCAGAUCUUGCCGAAGUCGAGAACUUGCACUUUAAUGUGUAACACGAUUGCCGUUCCAGUGGUUGAGGGAUAAUUUUCACGGUCCUUUAUUUCUAUAGUGUAGGGGUUUCUAAAUCCAGGCCUCACGACUUAACACGGUAUACCUUCCCAUGCUUAGCAAUCUCUGUUCAAACACAAAUUAAGUUGUUACCGUCAGCGCACGUGCAUGAUGAUUGCUAAACACGCCUCGCAUUACAUAGGUAAUUGCUGUUUUAGAUUAAGCUUGCUCAGAGAUCACCUGAAACACACACAAGAUCGCUAUCUUAAUUUCAAUUGUCAAUCUGAGAGGAGACGUGUUUAACACCGAUGUGUGUAGCAUUGUAAAUAUUAGUUUGUAUGUUGAGCAGAGAACAUGGAAAUCUAUAUCAUGGUGGGUCAUAAGGACUGUAAUUUGGGGAACGGUGUUUAGAGUGCAGUUAUUUAUUUACUACUUUAUUUAUUAUAGAAUAUUGCUAUUUUCACCCUCCCGCGUUAAGACAGUCUCCUAGUCAAUGUUGAAAUAAAAUGAGGGUUAAUUACUGCAGUAUCUACAGUGUGUAGUACUUGCAUAACUAAUGUUAACCCAUGCAGCAACAAACACUCCUAUAGGCUAAAGUUUCUCAUUCAGAAUCGAUACUUUAUUUCUUUACUAUUUUAUCAAUUAGUCAUCAAUAUUAUUUAGUGUUGCUCUUUAUAUACAAUUUAAUCAAUAAAUGAGCAUCGCUGAAUAUAAAAGCAUUGGCUAUAUCCACACUUGCACGAUAUGCAUUGCAGCUUAUGCAAUGUAAUUAAUGUAACUAAUAUAAUGAAAAUCUCAGGUCGGAAAUGAAAACUAUUUGCACCAACAUGCAAACAUUCCAUAUUUAUAUUAACUUAAUAUACAACUUUAUAUUUUAGCAGAGACUCUUCUGCAACGGUUAUCGGCUACAGUAUUUACAUGUUAUCUCAAAAAUGUUAAAACGAUUGUGCAUGUCGGUCAAAGUAAAUAUAACAUUGAGCCCAUGGCAAUAGGUUUCUCUGAACAUCAAUGAUCCCCUUUAACAUUAGUAAGAGGGGCGGUUGUUGCUUACAGUUAUUUCCACAUUGUCUUAUAGGCUCUGCGAUGUGUUUUUGGGUUGUACUGUGUGUUGUUAGACAUGAUGUCUUGACGUCUACGUCCAGGGAGCUUCUUCAGCAACUCAACAAAACAUUCAGUUUCUCAACAAGCUCCGAGCACAUGCAGAAAAAUGUUGGACAUCAUGCUGAACAACACACGGUAUAACCAGAAAAUGUAUCAGAGGGCUGUACAGCACAACCGACGAAACCCACAUUUGAGUAUCACUUGUUGCCUUCGUUUAAACAAAGCUCACCUCCGUAUUGCAAGUGUGAGAUAUAUAGCUAUGCAACUCCUUCAUGCUACUUUGAGCAAGUGUCAUUUAUGUUGAGGGUAUCGCUCUAAGCCGUCCUGAAAGAAGCAUAACAUCUCAUGUCUACCCAGUGCCUGGGCCAAUUCUCAAGAACACUUGUAGCAAUUUUCAUAAAAUUCCUUAGGUGGAAAUCACUUGAAAAUGUUUGUGUGUGUGUGCAACUGGCAUCUAAUCAGUCUCAGUAAGAUUUGGGUGUGCGGAUGCUGAUUAAAGAGAACAAUUAUGGUCCCCCACGGGUUCUUCCCAGUCCAGCAUUACAAUGCCAGCCAAUCUUAUCCAUUUUCACAUCACACCUUUGUACACUUGAAAAAAAAUCAUAGACCGUUGAAUUGUCAAUGUUGAUACGAUUGUAAUUAUAAUAAAGAGAAUAAAAUAGUUUUAUUAUAAGUCUAUAAAUUAAUCUCGUGUCAAUAUUUCUUGUGUUUACGAGGCUACAAUGAACUUUUUGGAAACUGCGUGUUUGCGAUUCAAAGGGCACAGAAUAUGCUGCCACUGCAGUGUGGUGAAUGUGUUUACGGUGAACUUGUACACCUUAUAAUCUACCCUGUACAUGCAAUAAAAACUAACGUGUUGAGCA